AUGACUUCUUGUAAAAUCAAUCACUCUCCACAGUGGCUUCAAACACAAACUAGGAUUCAAGAUUUAGAUCUCUCUAAUACUGGCAUCUCGGGCAAGCCACAUGAAUGGUUUAUCAACACAACUAGCCUCCUUAGGUUGAACCUUUCCAACAACUUUCUCACUGGACCUCUCCAAAAACAACUCUCUCUAGGUCAAUGGGAUGUAGAUGGGUCGUUUAUAGAUCUUUCCUCAAACCAAUUCUCAGGUCCCAUCCUACUUAGCUUCGGGAAAGAUUAUUGUGGAAUUUCGAGUUUGCAAUUGAACAACAAUAGUCUUACGGGACAUAUUCCUUCAUCUCUCUGGAAUUGUACCCAAUUGCAAAUUCUAGAUCUUAGCAGAAAUAAACUCUCCGGACUAAUACCACCUUGGACAAGUGAUCAAUUAUUAAAUUUGUAUGUCCUUAGGCUUCAAGAAAAUCAGCUUGGUGAAGUCAAUUCUAAAGAGGAUUCCACCAUCUUAAAGAAUCUGUGUAAGCUCAGAGACUUAAACAUAUUAGACCUCCAGAACAACCGCUUAUCCGGCACAAUUCCAAAUUGUUGGGAAUCUUCUACGCUGCAGGUUAUAAAUCUUUCAUCCAACAAUCUUUCUGGUGUCAUCCCAUGCUCUCUUGGAAAUAUUUCCAGCUUGGAAUAUUUGCAUUUGAGUGAUAACAAACUGGGCGGUCACAUUCCUUCACGCUUGAGCAACCUCACACAAUUGAGACUUCUCAAUCUCGGUGGAAAUGAGUUAGCAGGGGCUAUACCCAAAUGGUUUGAUACAAGUUUUUCGAGCUUGGAAGUACUCAGGCUGCCACGAAACAAGUUCAGAGGAUCUGUUCCUAAGGAACUAUGA